UAUUUCUGUCAUUUUUUUUUUACAUAUAUUUUAGUUUCGUUUUCUCUUUCUGUGCUGUACUCAAUCUCCCACGAUGCACCGCGGCAGUGUUUUGAUGUCGCACAAUCAUGGCGGCGCUGUCAGGCGGCUCCUCAGAGACAUGCCCGCUCAAAAGCACUUUAAACCGCCUAAAAUCCAACACAGUCGGAUCGCCGAGAGCCCGAACCCGCUCCGAGCCGCUGUACGUGAUCUCUCUGGACCGCUACGGCAAAGACUUGGACUUCAGCAUCCGCUUUCCGGACAGCAUCUCCAUGUCAGAGAGCCUGUUUGACGCCACUCUCACGGACGGAGACUGUAAGAUCCGCGUAUCUCUGGAUCUCGCUAUAAACAAGCUCAUCAGCAGGAAUAAACUGCACUGCGGCUCCGUCGUCCGGAAUGUGGAGUUCAGCCGCGGUGAUGCAGACGCUGGAGACGGAGAGAGUUUCCACGUCUGCGGGCUGGAGGUGGACCGACUCUACGGCGGGGAUGCUGCUCUCCGGGCGCUCUCAUCCGUCAAUGUGAGGACCAUUCCCUGGAUGUUUGGGGAGCCGCGAGCAGGUCCGCUCAGAGCUCGCAGGACCUCCUAUCUGCCGCUGUGGAACAACCAUGACUUCUGUGGAGAUAUGUGGCGCGACACGCCGCCCUCUGAGCCCGACGCGGAGGACUCUGAAGAGGAGAUAGACGUGGCAGAUAUGGGGUCCACAGUUUCGCUUGCAAAGGUGCGCAGACAUUUCUUGAGUGGAUCUCGACAGUACCUGGGUGCUUUGUGUGUGCGAAUCCUUCAUAAAUCCAGACUGAUGUAUUAUGGGAAGGCAGAUCAGAAAUGUGACUCUCCCUAUAAGGCUGAGCUUCAGGUUGGCGAUGGCUCAGCCAAUGCUUGUGUAGUGCUGUGGAACACAGUCUGCCUGGACUGGUACCGAAUCCUUCAUCCAGGACAAGUCAUAAGAUUGUGUCGCUACAGAGUCAAGGACAGCUACAGCAGCCGCAUGGGGAAGGAUUCAGAGCCACACAUUGAGAUCAGUCUUAAUUCCAGGAACCCCACUGCCCAAAUUUAUAUCAUCCCUAAAAACCAGAUUUCUCCAGACUGGGCUUUGCCAGACUUGCCUCACUCAUUCACUUGUGGACAGGAGAUUUCUAGUUGCCCAGAAGGCCACAUCUGUGAUGUCAUUGGUGUGGUGAUCUUUGUUGGUCGUUCAGAACGAAAGGUCAAAAGGAAAGAUGGGCAGAGGUCAGAGAUGGAGGAGUAUCGCUGGAUCCAGAUGGUGGACCGGACAUCAGACCAGCCAAUCAUGAUCAAACUUUUCUCCACAUCACAGCCUGAUGUUCAGAGUCGCAUCUCUCCAAUGGCACUGGUUGUCUGCACCAGAUUAAAGCUCAUCAGAAGUGCAGUUGACGGAUCUACAACUUUUGAUUAUCUCACCAACACCUCACUGACCCAGGUUUACUGCACAGGCACAGGGUCUCGCCCUGUGAUGCCAUACAGGGGCAUACGGCCCAUCCGACGGUUUCUCCACUGGCUGAGGCAGGUGGAUGAGAGGAGUCUGCUGGACAGAGCUGUGGUUGGUGGAUAUUUCAGCUACCCACCUCUUCCUGUUUCACUGCAUUAUUUCAUGGAGAGCAAACAAAGAGAAGCUGGUCUCAUCAGCGGAGGAGAGAUGAAAUUAGAGUGUGAGAAGUUAAAUUAUAGAGAAAAGCAGCGGUUUGCUAUUCAGUGUGUGAUCACUGCAGCCUGCUACCAUCAUCGAGAGGCCACUGGACGAUACCAGUAUUCAGAUCUUCCAUCAGCUCCACUUAGCCCUAGAGUGCCACGGCAAAGGGAGGGGUCUGAACCUUACAGAACACCUGUGAAGCGGAAACUUUUCAGCAGCUCUAGUGCUCGAAAGAGGCUGGCACCACCUCUGCAACCACUUACAACAGAGGACGAUGCAGAAAGGGAUUGCUCUCUGUUUGAUGGAGCCAUGGAGUUUCUAGUGGGAGAGCAGGAUGAUGACAGUAUUGAUGAUGAAGACGACGACAACGAAAACUUCUUGACUCCACCCAUCAGUCCCAUGACUUCACGUCUCGGACUGACUCGUGUCGCCAUUGAGACUUUGCCACGGGUGUUUUCUUAUGAGCGCAGACAUGUUCAGACUGUUGCCGUGGGGAUGCAGGUUAACAGCUUUCACAAGCUCCUCCCCCAGAGAGAGCUUGACUCAUUUAGUCCUGCCUCCUGCUACACGGGCUACUUUACUCUGACAAUGAGAGCUCUGUCUGAUGGAGUGAUGCUCGAUGUUAUAUUUCUGCCCGCUGCCCCCGGUAACCUGCACUGGAUGCCCCUCCCCCUCUCACAUGAUAACUCAUGGGAGUCUGUCUUAUCACAUGGAGGCUUUUCACCACAUGCUCCGCCCCCAAGUCCUGCGGACUUGAUCGCCACUGCAAAUCAGCUGACCAAUCAGAGGCUGGUGUGUGUGUUAGAUGCAUGUGCACUCGGAGGAGAGAGGUUGGAGCUGGUGCUGAACCGGGCAUUUCCAUUACGAUGACAGAAGCAUGUUGAAGAUUAAAGGGCAGACUGGU